GCGCCUGCGUUCCAGGAAGUGAAAAUCACUCAGUUAAGAAAUUUGUCAUUUAUGCAAGAAGCGAGCUGUUGUAUGUCUCACGAAAUCAUUGUUGUUAUACAAUAAAGUGGCGAGACAAGAACAAGGAAGAUGUUUUCUCCGCGGGUCCUGAAGUCUGCAUCAUCCUUCAUGUGCAGAGGGUUUGGUCAGAUGUGCCGACAAGGGAAAGCAGCAGAUAUGGCUGAGGGAAACACAUUUUUACUUGUGAGCAAUGUUCGCAACAGGCUGCGGGAGAUAGUUGGAGCGUCCACCAACUGGAAAGAUCAUCAGCAAGCAUUAGCUGAGCGUACAUCACUAAGCCAGUAUCUUGCUCAGAGUCAAGAUGAACUUCCAGCAAAGACAAUGAAGGACAGUGCAGUUGAGGCGCAUCUUCCUCUGGGUUCCCAGCCUGCCUUGAGAGAGAAAUACCUCAACUAUCACAACAGUGUCAGGUUUGGAAGGAUUUUGGAGGACUUGGACAGUUUAGCUGUGCUCAUCUGUUAUUCUCACACAUGGAAUAAGGAGCUGAAAAGAUCUCCACUGUCUAUCGUCACCGCCCUAGUGGACAAGAUUGACAUGAGAAAAAACAUCAUCUACCCCGACUGUGACAUUAAGUUCACGGGUCAUGUGACGUGGGUUGGCAAAACCUCAAUAGAAGCUAAAAUGCAUGUGUCUCAGUAUCAUGAUGGGGCAUACACCGAUGUAUUAGAUGCCACAUUUGUAAUGGUGGCUCGAGAUCCUGACAACAAAAGGGCAGCUUUUAUAAACCCACUAAAACUAGAGAGUCCAGAGGAAAAGGCCAUUUUUCAACAAGGAGAGAUUAACAAGACGAGGCGUGUGGAGCUGAGCACAGCCUCUCUUCUGAAAGUGGCCCCUGCAGCUGAGGAGAGGACUCUCAUUCACAACCUGUUCCUCAACACUCUAGACACCCGAACUGUCAGCUUUCGGAGUCGUAUUUUAUCACCUAACUCAGUGUGGAUGGAAGAUGCCAAAAUGAAAGGGCUUGAGAUUUGCCAUCCACAAGAAAGAAAUAUCUUUAACCGUAUAUUUGGUGGUUUUUUGAUGAGAAAAGCCUAUGAACUUGGUUGGGCGAAUGCCUGUGCAUUUGCUGGUUGCAGACCAACGCUGGUGGCUGUAGAUGACAUCGUAUUUCGAAAGCCAGUAGAAAUUGGCUCUUUGCUAUUGCUGUCCUCACAGGUUUGUUACACAGAAGGGUUGCACAUCCAGGUCAGGGUUCACACAGAGGUGCUUGACCCAUUGUCCCGGCAACACAGCACCACAAACGUAUUUCACUUCACUUUUUGCGUUGAGAAGGAUAUCCCAGCUGUUGUACCACAGAGCUAUGGAGAGUCUAUGCUUUACCUGGAUGGAAAGAGGCACUUUGAUGAGACCAUGAGGAGCCAAGGUUGAGCAUCUGGGAUGUGCCGGGAUGAAACGUUAAAUAUUUUAGUUCUGUUCAUUUUAUAUUCACAAUAUUUUUUUUAUUGUUCGCUGCAUUUUACAUAAAUGUAAAAUAUUAUUUUUCACAAUUUUAAACUUAGAGUGGGAGAGGAGCAUUUAGUGAAAUGGUUUUGCAGUGAAAGGUGUUGUUUUUUGUUGUUGUUUUUUUUUUUUGCAUCUUGAUUGUGGUAAUAUUGAACCUAUUUAGUCAUUAAGACUUAUAACAGACCAUGUUCUGUUUGCACUACAAUGCCAUUCAUAAGGAGAUAUGACAAAACUCUUAAACUAAGUGAUUUUGGUUGUACUGUUACUGAUCUGAAUGCAGUCAAAGUGAUUCAUGAACAACUGGUACCUUGGAAAAUGAUAUACAGUAUCUGCACAAAUUCUAAGAAUAAGUCCCGUCUUCCUUCCUUGAUCUCCUUAAAAGGAAACAAGGAGAUCUGAAACUUGAGAUCAAAUUAUGAGAGCACUGCCUCACCAAACACUCCAAAAACUUUACCUAACACAUUUGGUUAAGAGCGCACAGUAUGAAUAAGAAUCAGGUUUUGCUGUUAUAUCUGCAUAUGUUUCAGAAUGCUGACAAAUUGGCUUGUAUAUAAACAUCCGUUUUUGCAUUAUUAUUUUAAAUGCAACAAACAACCAUGGACCUUUGCAAAAGAUGGUAGUGUGAACCUAGAAUGGACUCUGUAAGAAGUUAACGUGUAAAAAAAAAAA